CUGCGCAUGCGCGACCCGUGACGCGGUGGGCUGGGCGCGGCCCCGCGGCGGGGUGAGUCUCGUCCGCGGCGUUCCAAGGGCAGCCGAACCAUGGCGGCCGUGGCGGUGGCGGCGGCACGGGGCGGCCUGCGAGGGGCCCUCCUGGUGCAACAGCAGCGCUGGAGCUCGGGCUCGGGCGCUGACCAGCUAGGCGAACUGGGCAAAGGCGCCGGGAAGGGCGGCGGCGGUGGCGGCAGCAUCCGCGAGGCGGGGGGCGCCUUCGGGAAGAAGCAGGCGGCCGAGGAGGAGCGGUACUUCAGGGAGAAGGAGAGAGAGCAGCUCUCAGCCUUACGGAAACACCAUGAGGAAGAGAUUGAUCACCACCAGAAAGAGAUAGAGCGUCUGCAGAAAGAAAUCGAGCGUCAUAAGCAUAAGAUCAAGAAACUUAAAGAUAAUUAAGAUGAUGCUGUUCUUGAAUGUAUAUGGCCAAUACUGAUUGAAGACUGUAUGCUUUGGCCACCAUAAUCCAAAUUCAUGCAAUUGUACUGUGGUCUGCAGCAAUGUCAAAUAAACUACUCGGUCUCUUCUCUU